AUGAGCAGACUUCCUCCCGCCGAGAUGUCUGCCUUCGACACUGCCGAUAUGCAGUCGGCUCUUCCUGCCGAUGGCAAGAAGGCCCCUGCCGCUGCUGUCAACAGCGAUGGUACAAAAUGGGCUGAGCCUCUGCCCUACAACUACGACGAGCUUGCCCAGCAGGGUCCCGAGGUUGCGACUGAGUGGGCUGGCAACGGUGCCGUUUACGAGUGGGAUGAGGAGUUUGGCGACGUUGGCCCGAAGUUCCCCGACCUCGAGCUCGCUCUCUUCGGUGAUUCCAACUCCCGCAUUGCCUCUAACUCUGGCCUCGACUUCUCUGUCAUCUCUUCUGUCGAGGUUACCCAGGAGGGUGAGAUCCGUGUUGAGCCUGUCCACUCCUACAAGGACGCCGGCUUGCACCCUGUCAUGCUGGAGAACAUCGAUCUUUGCGGCUAUGAGGCCCCGACACCCAUCCAGAAGUACACCCUUCCCGCCAUUCACAAGGGUCUCGAUGUUGUGGCUAUUGCUCAGACCGGCAAGUUUCCCUCUACCGCGGCUUACCUUAUUCCCAUCUUGAACAAGCUCAUGGGCAAGGCCAAGAAGCUCGCUGCACCUCGCCCCAACCCUGCCGAGAUUGCUCUUGGACAGCAGUGGGUUCGUGCAGAGCCUCUGGUGGUCAUCGUUUGUCCAACUCGCGAGCUGGCUAUUCAAAUCUUCAAUGAGGCCCGCAAGUUCUGUUACAGAACUAUGCUUCGCCCGUGUGUCGCCUAUGGCGGUGGUCCCUUGAGGGACCAGAUUCAGCAGCUUGGAAAGGGCUGUGAUGUUCUCAUCGCUUCCCCUGGUCGUCUUGUCGACUUCAUCCAGCGGCCAGACACUCUCUCGCUCAAGCGCUUGAGAUACAUGGUCUUCGACGAGGCCGAUGAGAUGCUUCAUGAUGACUGGCGCGAGGAGAUGGAUGUCAUCAUGACUGGCGGUGAACAGCAGGAGGGAAAUAUCAAGUACAUGCUGUUCUCGGCUACCUUCCCCAAGCCGCUCCGCGAUCUCGCGAAGGAGAACCUGUCUUCCUCCAGCGUCCGCAUCAAUAUCGGUCGCAUUGGGAGCACCCACACCAACAUUCUCCAGCGCGUCUUCAAGUUCGACGCCUUCGAGAAGAAGGAGGCUCUCAAGGAUCAGAUCAACUCUCUUCCUGCCUGCCGCACCAUCAUCUUCGUCAACCAGAAGCGUACUUGCGAUGACUUGGACGAUUUCUUAUUCAACCUUGGCUUCCCUUGCACUUCGAUGCAUGCUGAUCGCACUCAGCUUGAGCGUGAGGCUUCUAUGCGCGCUUUCCGUGCUGGAAAGUCUCCCAUCCUUAUUGCCACUGGCAUCAGCGCUCGCGGCAUUGACGUGAAGAAUGUCAACCACGUCAUCAACUUCGACCUGCCUAGCUUGGAUCAUGGUGGCAUUGAGGAGUACACCCAUAGAAUCGGCCGCACCGGUCGUAUGGGUCAGCGUGGCAUUGCGACUUCUUUCUACACUGACCGCGAUGAGCCCAUGGCUAGCGUUCUCGUUCGCACCCUCUUGGAGACUAAGCAGAAGAUUCCUGACUUCCUCGAGCCUUUCAAGCCCACUGGCAAGGGCCUUGAGAACCUCAAGUUCGAGACUGAGAGCGACUUCGACCCCGAGGAGGCCGGCAUUGCUCACCUUGGCGGCGAGGGCGGCGGCUGGUCCAACGAAGGCGGCGGUGGCGAUGCUGGAGGCGAUGGCUCCUGGGGCGCUACUGGAGGCGAUUCUGGCUGGGGUGGUGGCGGCGAUUCUGCUGGUAACGAUACCAAGCAGGAGGAGCCCGAGGCCGCUCCCGCUUGGGGCGCUUCUUCUGGCGGUGGUGGUUCUUGGUAA